GCUGACAGUGCGUUUCGACACUACAUUUCCCAAGAAGCGUAGCGUGAGCUCUGUCAGUAUUUGCAGCGACCUUGGAUUUCCAGAGCAAGCAUGGCGAGUAAGGAGCCUAACCGGUUCGUCCAGCACCUGCGGGACUUGGCAGGCCGCAUGUCUGCCGGCCCCCGCGGCGCCGGAACAGGUCUUAAGCUGCUGCUGGGGGCGGGAGCAGUGGCCUACGGCAUCAAGGAGGCCACCUACACAGUGGAGGGUGGUCAGAGGGCCAUUGUCUUCAACAGAAUCGGAGGGAUGCAGAUGGAUACUGUUCUCUCUGAAGGUCUUCAUUUCAGGAUACCCUGGUUCCAGUACCCCAUCAUCUAUGACAUCAGAGCCCGACCCAGGAAGAUCUCCUCCCUUACAGGAAGCAAAGACCUGCAGAUGGUGAAUAUUGCCCUGAGAGUGUUGUCCCGUCCAGUGGCGUCCAACCUGCCCUUUAUGUAUCAGCACCUGGGCAAGGACUACGACGAGCGCGUGCUGCCCUCCAUCGUCAACGAGGUGCUCAAGAGUGUGGUGGCCAAGUUCAACGCCUCCCAGCUCAUCACUCAGAGAGCACAGGUGUCGCUGCUGAUUCGGCGGGAGCUGUUUGAGAGAGCCAAAGACUUCAACAUCAUCCUGGACGACGUGGCCAUCACAGAGCUGAGCUUCAGCAAAGAGUACACUGCCGCCGUGGAGGCCAAACAAGUCGCCCAGCAAGAGGCUCAGAGGGCCCAGUUCUAUGUGGAGAAGGCCUUGCAGGACCAGAGACAGAAGAUCAUCCAAGCAGAGGGAGAGGCCGAGGCUGCCAAGAUGUUAGGAGCGGCGGUGACUAAGAAUCCUGGCUACCUGAAACUGAGACGGAUCCGAGCGGCUCAGAACAUCGCCAAGACGGUGGCAACCUCACAGAACAGAGUGUACCUGAACGCAGACAGUCUGGUGUUGAACCUUCAAGCCGACUCUUUUAACAAUUUGUCAUUGGGGAUGAAGAAGUAGGUUGCCGGCUGCAGCUCUGUGCUGGGGGAGAGUGGAGGGGAGUGCCUCAACGCCUCAGCACUGCCCCCCAGUGGAGUCACAGAGCAGGUGAAACUAACGUCCUGGGAGCCCUCGUUUUCAGUGCGUCCACACACACACACACACACACACACACACACACACACACAAAGACCAACCUGGACCUCUUUGACUGAUGUCAUGUUGGCGCUCAUGUUCUCUCUUCUCAUGUUACACACACAUUCUCAGCACACACACACACACACACACACACACACAUUCUCCCUCCAGUCCUUCACUAUUACUGCGUCUUGCGUCCUAAUCCAGCGCCCAGACACCUAUCUGAAGAUUGUAUGAUGACAUCACUGACAGCUGACCACAGCCAAUCCGUGAAGUGUACAGAUCCGCACUACAGUGGCCCAGUGGCAUAUGAUGAUAAUGAUGAUAAUAAUUUAAUUUAAUGUAAUGUCAUAAAAUGGUAGGCUUGUGACUUCCACUGGACGGCACAAUAAAAGCUUUUUUAUUUCAAA